GAAACCGCCACCUCGGCCUUCACACAGGUAUAUCGUAGCCUGGCUCCUAGUACGAAAGGAAGUCAAGCAGCCUCGGCCCAGUCAAGGGUGGGCAAUGCCAGCCCCGCCGUUGACCAGUCUCCCGCUUCCUCGUCUACAUCCAGUUCUCAAAGUCCCCUAGAACCGGAGAAUUUGGCGGAAGGGCAUGAAACCGGAGUAGAGAUCUCUCGGGCUGUACCUCCUACGGAUGCUUUCCAAAGGGAUGGAGAAGAUAACGAUGGCUCGCUGGGUCUUGCGAGGUCGAAAUUUGCAGAAUUGUACGGGCUUACGAGCGACAUGGAGCCCAUACUCAUGCGACAUCGGCCGUAUGAGUCUCAGUCACAUGAGUUUCGUCUUGAGACCCAUAGUAUUCGGCGCGUGCUGCAGGAAGACAUGGGCAUACAGUACCCAGUAACAUUUCACAUUGUAAGAGACGACAAGGCAAUUGGCUACCAGAACCAUGUUGAACAAGAUAUGAUUGAGCGUUGUGUUGCACCGUACGGUUCCAGUCUCAUUGAUCUCUUUUGGAGAAUAGUCCACCCAUGCUAUCCUAUCUUAAACAAGGGAAAAUUCAUGGAGCGAUAUUCAAUAUCCUACCGUGAGAUUGAAGCGUCGAUCUUAGGGGCAAUAUAUCUCAUUUCUUUGAACUGGUGGACUUAUGACCGCGAGCUUAACAACAAACCAGCACCGAAUGAAACAUUACUCAGAGAAAGAGUUAUUCAAGCAAUUCAAAACAGCUACCACAGGCCUAAGCUAUCGUCGAUCGAGGCUACUUUACUCUUGGUGCAGUGUAAGCCUGAGGAUGCUUUGAACCCGGAUCACACGUGGACCUGGGGAUAUACUAGCCAAGCACUGUCAAUCGGUGAAGCACUAGGAUUGCAUUUGGAUGCAAGCUCUUGGGAGAUUCCUGAAUGGGAGCGUGGGUUACGCAAGAGACUCUCUUGGGCAAUGUACAUGCAAGAUAAAUGGACUGCAUUGAUGCAUGGACGGCCCAGCCAUAUCCAUGAUGACAAUUGGGGAGUCAAAGACAUUGAUGAUAGCGAUCUCUACGAUGUUGAUGAUAACAUGAAUCCCAAAAACGACGAAGUCCCCAUGAAUGAUAUUCAGACGGGGAGAAGAGGAUUCGUGGAAAUGAUCACACUUUCUAAAUCUCUCAGCAAGAUAUUAACUGAAUUCUUUUCUCUGCGCGCUAGUAAGUCACAGGACACUGUUGAGCUUUACCACAGGGCGAUUCCAAUUCUCGAAAAACUACACAUUUGGCGUGUGAAUAUUCCCCAUUCACUGCUAAUGGACAGGCAGAUCCCUCGGCGGCUUUGUGCGAAUGGCUCCCUUCACCUGUCCUACCACAGUCUUAUCCUGACACUUUUGCGAAGGAUUAUUCGAUCUAUCGCACUUGUGUCUAUUUGUUCUAAUAUUACUGUCCUCAAUGAUACUCGUAAAUUAGCCAGUGACGCCGUCGAAGCUGCAAUGGUUUUCGUCCGCACUUUACGACCGGAUCAUUUAGAAGCUUUCUGGUUCUUCUCAUCGGGAUUCAGCUUCUCUUUAGUUGGGUCUUUUGUCACACUGCUUCUGGUGACGUCCCGCUCAGAAGCUGAGAAGAACCACUGGAGAGAACGCCUCAAUAAUUACCUAUGGACCCUCCGUAUUAUGGGUAAAGGCAGCGAGCCCAUGCGAUAUGCAGUUAAUCGCCUUGAAGGAGCAAUCCUGCGAGGAAUGGAACAUGCUUUGGCUGUGCGGAUUGUACCAGAACUCCUAGAAAAUAUUCCAAAUGAAUAAUAAUAUGAGACUCUCAUGACGACAUUUUUUUCAGCCUUACAGCUACAUAUCAUAAUAAUAGGCGCG